AUGCUCCAAACGAAGGACAUGGAACAAUUUAGCAGCAUCGACCAUGACUGCACACCCACGGCUGAUAGCUGCAAGGGCUGGGAUGAUCUGACUCAUGUGAUGGAAUGCCUGGAACCGGAAUAUCCGCAUAUUGACCCCGAACGCUUCAACUAUGGAUUCGGCGCAGAGGAUGACAUAAGUAUUGAUAAGCCUAAGGGCGCGGUGGAUUCCGAUCAAGACCUUGGGAGCUUAAACUAUCGGCCCUUGGAUCAGUAUUCGUCCUCUAUGACCUGCAUACUGUGUCUUAGGAUUGAAGAAGCGAUUCGGGUCUCCAUUAGCCCUAUAUCACGCAUUGAGGUUGGCCUGUGGCGGCCUUUCCGUGUUCUCUCGGGAACUUUCCUGUGUGAACACCGAGAGGCUAUCACAGCUGAGGACUUGAGAAUGGAGAAGAAUGGAGACAAGCAAUCAGUGAGAUUGAUAUUGCCGGUUUGUGUUAAAUCCCAGGCGUCAGGAACAGCAGGUAUGCUCUUCAAGACAUUGCUGGUUGGACUAGAGUUCCACUACGCUCACUCUCGUUAUGAAUUGGAGGGCAUCACAACAUGGGACUGUAGCCGCCUCGAUCCUGGCAUUGUCAAGCAGUUCGUUGAAAAUUGUCGAGAACACCAUGGCAGCGAUUGCAACGAGCUUCUUUGGGCUGCGAAGAUCCCUCGGUUUCUCCGAGUCAUUGAUACCAAGAAUUGGUGCGUUCAACCAGCUCCAGAAGAGCCGUUCGAGUAUCUCGCCCUCAGUUACGUCUGGGGGGCGCCAACGGAAGCACAAAGCCAGAAGGAUAUUAAAGUCCUUCGGCUUGAUACAACAACUCUCGCAGAAUUGGAACAGAAGGGCUCAUUACGCAAAUACUCUAUCCCAGAGGUCAUCCUGGAUGCUAUUACUCUCUGCGCUGAUCUCGGCUACCAGUAUCUGUGGGUAGACCGGCUGUGCAUUAUACAGGAUGAGGGCAACCAUAAGCACAGUCAAAUUAACGCAAUGGAUUCCAUAUACCACAUGGCUACGCUGACAAUAGUCUCCCUUGGAGGAUGCUCGAGUGAGGGACUCCCAGGGGUGUCUUCUCGCCCUCGAGAUACUCUUUUAAUGAGCAAUUUAAGCGAUGGAGCCUUUUCAUUGAUGGAAAAUACUCGUAUGCUUCUCCGCCCCCAAUACACAAUCAGAUCUCUGCUUCGAAGUGGAAUCAACGAGGCUGGACCUAUCAAGAGAAAAUCUUGUCCCGGCGGCACUUAUAUGUGGACGAAAAUGACUUUUACCUCAACUGUUUCUACGCGAUAUUUGAAUCGAAUACCGGAUGGAUGCGCGACCAUCACGUACACCCAAAUCAGAAUUGGGUUGAUAACCUGGGCCACGGCUACGACACAGGGGUUAGAAAAAUCACUGGAAUACCUCACCCUGCUGGAGCAGCUAUGA